GGCUCAGUGGCAUCUUCGUUCUCACCUUCCCCUUGAAACCCAAGAGUUUUUUGUGUGAUGAAUCAGCAGUGGGGGGCUCUCUUCGGCAAGGUGGGCGAGAAGCCCGCUGCAGCAGCAGCGUCUGAGGAGUCGACGCAGCGUAAGCGGGUUGCCCUUGCUUCGUCCACGGAGGCCAAGGCUGAUGUGGCACUGAAGUUGGGGGUGAUCAACGCACAGCGCAACAGGCUCUUGGAGGCGGCUGUGACGUAUCAGUUUGCAUUGAAGGUGGAGGAUCCAGUGUAUGUGGGUAUUAAGAACGCUCACGAUCAGGAGUAUCUGCCGAGAGUGAAGGGCCAGAAGGGCCACAAGCUUGGUGCUCCAGAUUCGUUCCAGUUUGCAGGGGCAGCGCUCGUGCUGGCGAACAAAGGGUCGCCUGAGCAGCAAGGAGUCUUGAGGAAGUGCAUGGAUAGUUUCGUUCCUGGUUCUCUUCAGGCGCAGCUACUGGUUCGCUUGUUCAGGACUGAGAAGAUGUUCGACUCGAAGCUGCGCCGCUUGAUUGUGACGCUGGCUGACAAAGAGUUAGAGUGUGUGGUCGUCUCAGUUUUGUAUGAGCAUGUGGGCGCUGAAGUGUUCACGGGUCCCCGCCCUGCUGGGUAUCUCGAGGUGGAGGGGCAGAAGAUGCUGACUCCGCAGUAGAGCCUACGUGUCGGGGAUUGUGUCGUGGCUGCUGGUGACUUGGCGACAUUGAGUGAUGUGCCUGAAAUUUUUUACUGCACUCAGGGGCGUGGUCAUCUGGGCCGUCUGUGGUGCAGGUCAUGAGCAGGACCGAUUUCAAGUACUCAGCUGUGCAUUGGACCUUCUGAAUGUCAGUGGGGACGGUGUGGUGUUCGCUUGCAGCGUGCCGAUGGUCGACAUCCGUGGUGUGCCUAUUGGUUGUUAGUGCUGCAUCUUGCUUGUGGGAGUGAGAGGCGAUUGCAGUGGGAGUGUUGUUUGAUCGUGUGAGCAGUGCAUGUGAGAGUGAGCAGGGUGCAGUGCUGAGCUGUGUAAGUUGAGCAUGCGCAGUCUGUUGCAUGAAUUUGUUUUGUGUCAGUAGUAGCAGCUUGCAAAUGAGGCCGUGCGCCGACAGAUGCCGGCUGGCACUGUCGCUGGCGCCCCCCAGUUGUGGGGAGCCGAGGCGCGAGUGAGGGGGUAACCCCAGACAUCUCCUCCGAUCAUUUGACCUUGGUCGCUAGGGAGCUCCACCACCACCA